AUGGAAAGGAGAAACCGAACCAUCGUCUCUGAGUUCUUCCUUUUGGGCCUGCCCAUUGAACCGGAGCAGCAGAACCUGUUCUAUGCCCUGUUCCUGGUCAUGUAUCUCACCACUGUCCUGGGAAACCUCAUCAUCAUCAUCCUCAUUCGCCUGGACUCCCACCUCCACACACCCAUGUAUUUGUUUCUCAGCAACUUGUCCUUCUCUGACCUCUGCUUCUCCUCUGUGACCAUUCCCAAACUGCUGCAGAACAUGCAGAGCCAAGUCCCAUCCAUCCCCUAUGGGGGAUGCCUGACUCAGAUGUACUUCUUCCUGCUGUUUGCAGACCUGGAGAGCUUCCUUCUUGUGGCCAUGGCCUAUGACCGCUACGUGGCCAUCUGCUUCCCCCUGCACUACACCACCAUCAUGAGCCCCCAGCUCUGUCUCUCCCUGAUGGCACUGUCCUGGGGGUUGACCACAUUCAUUUCUUUGUUACAUACCUUGCUUAUGGCUCGACUGUCUUUCUGUGCAGACAAUGUGAUCCCCCACUUUUUCUGCGACAUGUCUGCUCUGCUGAAGUUGGCCUGCUCUGACAUUCAGAUUAAUGAAAUGGUGAUUUUUAUCUUGGGAGGCCUUGCAAUUUUGAUCAAUCUGAAGUUUAUGAUUUCCUUUUCUAAAUUCUCUUUGUUGGUGUGGACUCUAGAGGAAUCCUACCACUUGUUUACCAGUCUGUUGAACUUGGUGGCUUGUGUGAUGCUAUGA